AUGAAACCCUCCAUUCUUCUCCCCAUCUCCCUCCUCCCCUAUGCACUUGCUUCCCCACACAAAUCACGUCAAAAGUCACAAAUACUCAGCCCCGACGUCCCAAUCUAUAUCGGCCAUGUCUUCUGGCCCCCAAAAAUGACGUUCAUAGCCUGGCUGCCCUCGCCCUCGGACGACAAAUACACACCGCAAACUGAAUGGUGCUAUUUCGCAACCGAUGCUUCAAACCACAAACUCUUCCACCUAGGCGGCAUCGGCAAUUUGCAAAUCAAAAACUAUUUUGACGAGGAAGCGUAUAUUGCCCGUGAUGGAAAGAGAUGGGCUGACUGUCGCGUCACGCCUGAGAGUGGGAGGAUGGGCGCUUGUACUGGGGUUGAGGAUUGGGAGUGUGAGGGGGGCCAUAAGUUUACGGGGCCUGGGACGAAAGGGUGGAGUUGCUGGGUUAACGAUAAGGAGGCGUUAUUGAAGGAACUUGAGGGCCCUAUUGCGAAUGCGACCCAAGGAGGAGAACCGGUGCUUACGACAAGUGGAGUGGCGAUGGGUACGAUGGACAGUAGUUCGCUGGUCGGUGCUUUCACCCCUGGGGCGACUGGGAGUUGA